CGCGCGCGGUUUUGUUAAAUCUUCAACUUCGGUUGUUGAAUAGGUCAAUCAAUUGAAGAUGCCUCUCAUUGAGCGACCACACUUCACGCUCAAGGUGGAGCAGACACAGUCGGCCUUUGCUGAAGGGAACGCGCGGUGGACGAACAGAGAUCUCGAUCCCGUCCCUCGACAUGCGCGAAAGUGGGGUGUUACCAGCUUCGUCUCGUACUGGGUGUCUGAUGCUUUCAACGCUGCGACAUGGCAAUUCGCAUCGAGUAUCAUUGCAAUUGGCCUCACAUGGCGCGAGUCUCUCGGCAUAGUCGCCCUAGCAUUCUUCAUCAUCUCGUUCGUGAUUGCAGCAAACGGCGCAAUCGGUGUCAUUCACCACGCUCCUUUCCCCGUGCUCGCGCGCGCCUCGUGGGGUUUCUGGGGCUCCUACAUCGCCAUCAUCUCGCGCGCCAUUCUCGCCAUCUUCUGGUUCGCCAUCCAGAACAUGAACGGCGCAAAUUCAGUCAAAGUCAUGAUUUCAGCCAUAUGGCCGUCCUUCCUCACGUUGCACAAUGGCAUCCCUGAAUCCCAGGGUAUCGAAACGAACACCAUGGUCAGCUUCUUCCUGUUCUGGUUGAUCAGUCUGCCGUUCUUAUGCAUGCAUCCGAAUAACCUGAGGUGGCUUUUCAUGGCCAAGUCAGUCAUUGUGCCAAUUGCGUGGAUUGCGAUUCUCAUCUGGGCCUUCCGCUCUACGGAUGGUGGAGGGGUAAUGUUCAAUCAAAAGGCAAAACUUUCCGGAAGCGCAUAUUCAUGGGCUUUCCUUUCGAGUUUGACUUCGGUCAUUGGCAAUUUCGCAACGCUUUCCGUCAACCAGGCUGAUUUCUCCCGCUACUCCCGCGUCAGCGUCAAGUGGCAACUCAUCUACGUCCCCUUCUUGCCCCUCGUAUUCACUUUCAUCGCCUUCAUAGGCGUUGCAGCAACAUCCGCCGGAGCCGUCAAAUAUGGCGAGCUCAACUGGGAUCCCAUGGCACUCAUCUCCCAUUGGGACAAUCGAGCCUGUCGUUUCUUCGCCGCCUUUAGCUUCGCGCUUGCAGCACUCGGUGUGAAUAUCUCAGCCAACUCACUCUCGGCAGCAAAUGACUUGACCGCACUCUUCCCACAAUACGUUAAUAUCCGCCGAGGUCAGCUAAUCUGCGCGGUUGUUGCUUGGGCGCUGGUCCCGUGGAAGAUCCUCAAGAGCGCGGGCAGUUUCCUGAACUUCAUGUCCGCGUAUGCUGUUUUCCUCGGCCCAAUCGCUUCCAUCAUGGUCUUUGACUUCUGGGUUAUACACAAGGGCAGAUAUGACACGCUUGCUCUGUACCAGCCGCACGGAAUCUACCGCUACACUGGGGGCUGCAACUGGCGCGCCAUUGUGGCUUUUGUCAUUGGCGUUGCGCCUAAUCUACCGGGCUUCAUUCAGUCGAUCAACCCUUCCAUUGAUGCUGGAGUUGGCGCAAGACCAUAUAGCUUUGGGUGGCUGCUAGGCUUCACAGCCACCAGUGUCGUCUAUGUGGUGCUUGAGAUGUUUGUUGCUCCUCCUAGGGAGACAUUUGUUGACAAGGCGGUUCUGCCGGAUGAAGUAUAUGAUCAGCAUGGUUAUGUGGAUGAGGGUGUCAGUAUUGGAAGCGGAGAGGAGAACAGGACGGAGAAAUCUGGGUGGAAAGCUAGAUUGGACCGCAUCUUGUAGGCCAAGUGCGGGACAUCGAGAUGGACGAGUCAGAAUGACUGAAUCGAAGGGUAGAGACCUCCGCUUAAGUAUACGUAACCGGAGAGCUACGUCGUUACUCUUGAAACUCUGAUAUAUCUUCUCAUGUGGUGUUGUAACUAAUGCCCUGCAU